UUUCAGCCCCAUCUUGGCCGAGGGGAGGGAGCUGCAGCCGCCGCUUCAGCAGUUUGAAUUUCAGUUUUCUCUUGGUACGAAUCCGGCGCACCAAGGAGGAGCCGAAGAAGCAACCACCGCUACCUCACACAGCGGAGCGCCUCCGCUCGCUGGCCUGCGGUCUGCCGCCGCCCCUCACUCUCUCAAGAGCCGCGAGGGGAGGCCGAGACCGCCGCCGCCGCCGCCCGCGGGGGUGGCUCCCCCUGUAAGGGGAGGACCGAGCCGGCUUUCCCCUCCCCCAGAGCGGGUUUCCGCCAGAGACAGUCGACAUGUCCCUGGGGCUGAGCUCCGGCUAGAGCCGGGGAGGGAGGGCCGCCCGCCCGCGCCGCAGCCCCGCCGCCUGCCCGCGGACCUUCAGCCAACCCCGGCCCGCGGCUCCUGGCUGAAAUAGGAAUCUUCGGCUCUGGACACGCCACUCCUUCCCCUUCCCUCAGUCGGAGAGCUCGGAGCGGACGCCGGCACUGGCCAGAGGAGCCCGAGCGGGGCAGCACCGCCCCUCACGCCGCCGCCGCCGCCUCCUUCUCCUCCUCCCCUCCCUCCCACUCCCACCCCCAGCCAAGGCCUGCUGACCGCGCGGAGCUGGACUGAACACGGCGGCCCGGAGACGGGAGAGGAAGCAGCCGGCCCGCCCCUGAGAUCGCGCUCUCGCCGCCACUGAGGGGAUUGAAUUGAGGCGCCGCGGCUGCGGGAGGUGAAAAGGAAGGAGGAGCCGCCGCGGGACUGAGACUGGAGCAGAGCCGAAUACACCGACACUGAAAGAAACGGGGAGGAGGAUGUCUCACCGACCGGCCGGGCCCCGGAUCAGCCUGUGACUCUUACAGCUGCGGGCCUCAGACCCCAGCGCGGACUCGGACUUUGUCUUUGGGGGACCGUGCUUUGCCCUCCCCAGUUUCCGGCAGGAUCCCAGAGGAGCCGGCGUGCCUCUCUGCUCUCCAGCCUUCACCAUGUCCAAGAUGCCGGCCAAGAAGAAGAGCUGCUUUCAGAUCACCAGUGUCACCACGGCCCAGGUGGCCACUAGCAUCACGGAGGACACCGAAAGCUUGGACGACCCGGACGAGUCACGCACAGAGGACGUCUCCUCAGAGAUUUUCGACGUCUCUCGGGCCACGGAUUAUGGCCCUGAGGAGGUCUGCGAGCGCAGCUCCUCUGAAGAGACGCUCAACAAUGUUGGGGAUGCAGAGACUCCUGGGACCGUCUCCCCAAAUCUACUCCUCGAUGGGCAGCUGGCGGCCGCAGCGGCUGCUCCCGCCAACGGAGGAGGAGCCGUUUCAGCCCGGAGCGUGGCUGGGGCGCUCGCCAGUACCCUGGCGGCGGCUGCCACCUCAGCCCCCGCCUCCGGAGCACCGGGCGGGGGCCCACCCGCCGGGCCAGGGACUGCAGCCCCGGCUCAGCCUCCGACGACUUGUAGUUCCCGUUUUCGCGUGAUCAAGCUGGACCACGGGAGCGGGGAACCCUAUCGACGCGGCCGAUGGACGUGUAUGGAAUACUAUGAGCGGGAUUCAGACAGCAGCGUCCUAACUAGGUCCGGGGAUUGCAUUAGACACAGCAAUACUUUUGACCAGACUGCAGAGCGGGACAGCGGCCUGGGCGCCACCGGAGGGUCGGUGGUGGUAGUGGUGGCCUCCAUGCAGGGGGCGCACGGGCCCGACUCGGGAACUGACAGCUCCUUGACUGCUGUGUCACAGCUACCCCCGUCAGAGAAAAUGAGCCAGCCCACUCCGGCCCAGCCGCAGAGUUUUAGCGUUGGGCAGCCACAGCCGCCGCCGCCCGUAGGUGGGGCUGUGGCUCAAAGCUCGGCUCCACUACCGCCGUUCUCGGGAGCCGCAGCCGGGCCUCAGCCAAUGAUGACAGCCGCGCAGCUAAGCCAGCCCCAGGGAACGGGGCCGGGUGGACAGGGUCUGCCGCCGACGAAUGUAACCCUGGCGCAGCCGGCCAUGUCCCUGCCUUCGCAGCAGGGCCUGACCGUCGGCGCUUCUGCAACGCAGCAGCCCCAGCAGUUCGCGUAUCCCCAGCCGCAGAUACCGCCGGGGCAUUUGCUGCCCGUCCAGCCCUCCGGCCAAAGUGAGUAUCUGCAGCAGCACGUGGCCGGCCUGCAGCCGCCAGGCGCCGCACAGCCCUCGUCCACGGGUGCCGGAGCGAGCCCUGCCUCGGCGGCCAGCCUUCCCGUGGGCACCGGCCAGAAUGCCUCCUCAGCGGGCGCGCAGAUAAUGGGCGCGUCUUCCCUGCCCAGUGAAGCCGUAGCCCCGGGGCCAGGACCAGCGCAAGGCGGGCAGGCGGCGCCUUGUCAGCCGGCUGGAGUGCCCCCAGCUGCUGUGGGAGGCGUGGUGCAGCCUUGCAUGGGUCCUACAGGGGCAGGGCAGCCCCAGUCCGUGCCUCCACCGCAGUUGGGUGGCAGUGGUCAGCUGUCAGCCGUACCUGGUGGCCCUCACGCCAUGGUGCCCGGAGUUCCAAACGUGCCUGCAGCUGUGCCCGCUCCAAGCGUGCCUAGUGUGUCUACCACUUCUGUUACUAUGCCAAAUGUACCCGCGCCUCUGGCCCAGUCGCAGCAGCAGAGCAGCCAUACACCAGUUAGCAGGAGCAGCAGCAUAAUCCAGCAUGUUGGGCUGCCCUUAGCGCAAGGCACACACAGUGCACCAACAAGUCUACCACAGUCUGACCUAAGCCAGUUUCAGACUCAGACUCAGCCUUUAGUCGGGCAAGUUGACGAUACUAGAAGAAAAUCAGAACCCCUACCUCAACCACCACUCUCUCUCAUUGCUGAAAAUAAGCCUGUUGUGAAGCCUCCUGUUGCAGAUGCCCUGGCAAACCCCCUUCAGUUAACACCUAUGAACAGUCUGGCCACCUCCGUGUUCGGCAUAGCUAUUCCUGUUGAUGGUGAUGAAGACAGUGCAUCUGGGGGAGGUGUUGUAGCCAUUGACAACAAAAUAGAACAAGCAAUGGAUCUGGUGAAAAGCCAUUUGAUGUAUGCAGUAAGAGAAGAAGUGGAAGUUUUAAAGGAACAAAUAAAAGAAUUAGUUGAAAGAAACUCUUUACUUGAACGAGAAAAUGCACUCUUAAAAUCUCUUUCAAACAAUGAUCAAUUAUCCCAACUCCCGGCCCAACAGGCCAAUCCCAGUAGCACUUCUCAACAGCAAGCAGUGAUAGCACAGCCUCCGCAGCCAACGCAACCUCCACAGCAGCCGAAUGUCUCCUCAGCAUAAAGCUUUCUUAAGCCUCAUUAAGAAAAAAACUGAAAGCAAUCUAUCCUUGUGUGCCACUGGUGUUCUUUCCACUUUAUACGAAAGCAAGUAGCCAUGCUUUGGUUGUGUGUUUGGCCUUUUCAGUAUUAGACAAUCAUUCUACAAGAGCUUUUCUUCUUUCUGAGAUGUCAUGCAGCAUUGUUGAUGUCCAGUUCUAUGUCAUCAGGACACAAGGAGAAUAAGAGAUGGGGUUUAUUAAAGCGAGCAAAGUCUGCAUUUUACCUGGUGCGCAUGAGUGGGGUCUUUAAGAGUUUUGGUGGCUCUCCCACGUUUCUUAUUACCCAUGGAUUUACCCUGAGCCUUCCUAUCACAUUAUAAAUAAUAGUUCAUCUAAAGAGCCACUUUUCUUUUAAUAUCAGUAACAUUUGCCUAUAUAAGUUUUCAUUUAUUUGUGUUUUAUUUAUUACAGGGCUGCUAUUUUCAUAAUGUACAUGAACAAUGUCACAGAACUUUUUUAAUUUUUUUGAAUAAUUAUCAGUAAAGGAAUUGAAAGACAGGAUUGCAUUUAAUAGAUAAAACGUUUAGGCAAUAAUUGAACAAAAGAAUCCUGGCAUAUUUCUAACACUAAUGGCAAUUUACCUUUGGUAUUUAUUUUCAGUAGUAAAGACCCAGCUUGAAUGUAAAUUUUGUAUAGUGUAAGUAUGAAGAACAUAGUGCAACUGUACAGGUAGUCACCAGUUAUUGUGAUAUAAUAAAUAAUUGGGCUAUUUUGAUGAAGAAAACUUUGUUCAUUUGUUUCUACUUUCUAAUAGAGAAAUUGCCACGAUUCCUCUGCUUUUCAACAUUUCGUAUGACUUUUUUUUUUUUUUUCGGGUGGGAAUAAAAAGCUGUGAAAUUGUUCAACCUACUUUGUAACCAAAGAAGCAAAGCUGUGUAAUGGAGUUUUUUUUUUUUUAUAAUGCACAUUCUUUAUGUAUUUUUAUUUAGUGUUUUCUUGGUCACAAUUUUCUUUGCUGUCUAGCAUGAUCUGCAUGACCUAUAAUCUUUGAACCACUUUCGUACCUCAUGUUUUUAAUCCAGCACUCUUAUUGUAAUAUGUACUAGUCUGUGAACAAUGUCAAAUAAAGAACGAACAGGUAGUAUGGUGGAGCUGAGCUAGUGUACAAUACACU